AUGGAAGAAGACAUACUGACAACGUUGAAAAUACUAAUCAUCGGAGAAAGUGGUGUAGGAAAGUCAAGCCUUCUCUUAAGAUUCACAGAUGACACAUUUGACCCAGAGCAAACAGCCACAAUAGGUGUUGACUUCAAAGUGAAGACCAUCAGUGUAGAUGGUAAUAAGGCAAAACUGGCAAUAUGGGACACUGCUGGUCAGGAGCGUUUUAGAACUCUAACACCCAGUUAUUACCGUGGUGCACAGGGUGUCAUCCUAGUGUACGAUGUGACACGGCGAGAAACCUUUACCAAGCUGGAAAACUGGCUCAAUGAGCUGGAGACCUAUUGCACAAGGAAUGAUCUUGUCAAAAUGCUUGUUGGAAACAAAAUAGAUAAGGAAAACCACGAGCUCGACAGGGCCGAAGGGUUGAAGUUUGCAAGAAAACAUUCCAUGCUUUUUAUAGAGGCCAGCGCAAAGACUCGCAAUGGCGUUCAGUGUGCGUUUGAAGAGCUGGUGGAAAAGAUCAUACAGAGUCCAGGAUUAUGGCAGAGUGAGAGCCACGGCAGAGCAGUGCAACUCACCGAUGAGGACGCGGGAGGCGGCAGCUGCGGUGGAUAUUGCUCGCUGCUCUAG